CAACACCUUCUCUGUAUAUAUACCGGGCGCUCAGCUGCGCUCCACCUGGGUGCCUCCUGCAGUCCCUUACCUGCGAAGGGAGCGCUGAUCAUGGCUCCUUGGCCCGAGUUGGAAAAUGCCCAGCCCAACCCCAAUAAAUUCAUUGAAGGGGCCUCAGGUCCACAGUCUAACCCAGUAGCCAAGGAGAAGGAGGCCGGCAAAAAUGACAGUGGGACUCCCGUAACCAAGAUUGAACUUCUACCCUCCUAUUCCACCGUGGUCCUGAUAGAGGAGCCCGCUGAGGGGAGUGACCCCUGGGACCUGCCUGAACUCCAGGACACCGGGGUCAAAUGGUCAGAGAGAGACACCCGAGGGAAGAUUCUCUGCGUUUUCCAGGGGAUUGGGAAAUUCAUCCUUCUCCUGGGCUUCCUCUACUUGUUCGUCUGCUCCUUGGAUAUACUCAGCAGUGCCUUCCAACUGGUUGGAGGGAAGAUGGCCGGACAGUUCUUCAGCAACAACUCCAUCAUGUCUAAUCCCGUGGCCGGGCUAGUGAUUGGCGUGCUGGUGACCGUCAUGGUGCAAAGCUCCAGCACGUCUUCGUCCAUCAUUGUCAGCAUGGUUGCUUCCUCACUGCUGACCGUGCGGGCUGCCAUCCCCAUCAUUAUGGGGGCCAACAUCGGAACCUCCAUCACCAAUACUAUCGUGGCCCUUAUGCAGGCAGGAGACCGGAAUGAGUUCAGAAGGGCAUUCGCAGGGGCCACUGUCCAUGACUUCUUCAACUGGCUGUCUGUGUUGGUGCUCUUGCCUCUGGAGGCUGUCACCCACUACCUGGAGCUCUUGACCAACCUUGUGGUGGACACCUUCCCAUUCAAGAAUGGAGAAGAUGCCCCUGACAUUCUGAAAGUCAUCACAGACCCCUUCACAAAGCUCAUCAUCCAGUUGGAUAAAAAGGUCAUCCAGCAAAUUGCAAUGAAUGACCCAGAAGCCCAGAACAAGAGCCUGGUCAAGAUCUGGUGCAAAACCAUAACCAAUGUGACUCAGAUGAAUGUCACCGUUCCCUCAUCUGAUAACUGCACCUCUCCUUCACAUUGCUGGACUGAUGGCGUACAGACUUGGACCCUCCAGAAUGUCACCCACAAGGAGAACAUUGCUAAAUGCCAGCACAUCUUCGUGAAUUUCAGUCUCCCAGAUCUUGCUGUGGGCAUCAUCCUGCUUACCGUCUCCCUUCUGGUCCUCUGUGGCUGUCUGAUUAUGAUAGUCAAGCUCUUGGGUUCUGUGCUCAGGGGACAGGUCGCUGUUGUCAUCAAGAAGACACUUAAUAUGGAUUUCCCCUUUCCCUUUGCCUGGCUGACUGGUUACUUAGCCAUCCUUGUGGGGGCAGGCAUGACCUUCAUCGUGCAAAGCAGCUCCGUGUUCACUUCCGCCAUGACGCCACUCAUUGGUAUUGGAGUGAUCACCAUCGAGAGGGCGUAUCCACUCACGCUGGGCUCCAACAUUGGCACCACCACCACCGCCAUCCUGGCAGCCUUAGCCAGCCCAGGCAGCACCUUGAGGAGUUCUCUCCAGAUUGCCCUGUGCCAUUUUUUCUUCAACAUCUCCGGAAUCUUGCUGUGGUACCUCCCAUUCACCCGCCUGCCCAUCCGUCUGGCCAAAGGCCUGGGCAACAUCUCUGCCAAGUACCGCUGGUUCGCCGUCUUCUACCUCAUCUUCUUCUUCUUCCUGACCCCGCUGUCGGUGUUUGGCCUGUCCCUGGCGGGCUGGCCCGUGCUGGUGGGCGUGGGCGUGCCCAUCGUCCUGCUGCUGCUCCUGAUCCUGGCCCUCCGGAUGCUGCAGGCCCGCUGCCCGGGCUCCCUGCCUCUGAAGCUCCGCGACUGGAACUUCCUGCCCUUGUGCAUGCACUCUCUGAAGCCCUGGGACAACGUCAUCUCCCUGGCCACGACCUGCUUCCAGAGGCGGUGCUGCUGCUGCUGCCGCGUCUGCUGCCGAGUCUGCUGCAUGGUGUGUGGCUGCAAGUGCUGCCGCUGCAGCAAGUGCUGCAGGGACCUUGAGGAGGGGGAAGAGGAGCAGGAUGUCCCAGUCAAGGCCUCUGGGGCCUUCGACAACGAAGUGAUGAGCAGAGAGUCCCAGGAUGAGGGCAAGGGGCAAGUGGAGGCCAUGGGCAUGAAGGCCAUGUCCAAAACUACGGUGUUCUAGGGGGUGGGGACCUAGGAGGCAGGGGAGAGGAGACCUAAACCCCGUGGGAUCCACCCCUCCCAGGUCUCUUGCUCCCUCACCGGGGUUCCUGAGGAGAAACGGAGUUGACAUCAACUCCAGCUCUCCUUCCACCAGAGCUUCUGCCUGUAGGUGAACUGGACCUUUCUGGUCCCGUUUCCCGAGCGACUCCCUCCCUCUCAGAAGACAGAGUACGCAGAUUUAGACUGUGAAUGUGGCCCCAGAGAUGACAACAUCCACUGCUUGCCUAGACUAUGCUUUCAAAGGCCGUCCUCAUUCAGAGGAUAAGUGUUAAAGGAGGCACUAGGGAAGGUUCUGGAAAGGGGCCCAUGGAAGACUAUAUGUAAAUAUAUGUACAAAGCUGACCUUUCUUGGUAUAAAGCUUCAACCGCUUUUUCUUUUUUUUUUUUUAUCAAAGUCUAUUCCCCACACCCAGUAGCCCCUCCUAGGCAUCCCUGCCCCAGACCAGCCAGUUCAGACAAGAUGAAGUAAUUGUUUGGAGGCCAUAGAUAGGUGUGAGCCUUUCUAGUUUACGUCACAGGACAACCCAUUCUCCAUCAGGGCCUGGGCUAGAUGGGUAUGGCCAGUCCAAGCAGUUGACCACAGUGGUCUCAUCCUCGGCUUUCUAGGACUAGGGGUUCAUGACAUGUUGGGUUCACCCAUUAGUUUGCACACCUACGAUUCUUCACUGGACUCCUCUAGAAGCAAAUUGUGAGGCAUUGUGGCUUACAGAGCAAUGGCACUCUCUUGGUCAGGUAGCGAUGUCACUGAUGGGGCUUUACAGACCUGUGUCCCAAGUCUUCUCUCCAUCGCUUCAUCCGGGAUCAUCUGCCUGUGAGGGGUCCCGUUUGGUCCAUUUCUUUCCUGCAAGGAAACUUCCUGGGCCGGCUUUGGGUGGCCUGAUUCAUCCAUCCACUUCCCCUCCCGUCAUGGAUUCAUUGGGAUUCUUCCCGGCUUCCCACAGGUCAGCUCUGUCCUGCCUCCCUUCCACACCUACAGAGCUCCAAGGGAAUUGUCCGGAGGGAGGAGAUGGGGAGUGGCUAGACACUCUUAAUAUCAUGGUGAAGCUCAGAGUUCGUGGGUGAACUCUGGGUAAAGGGUGAGCUCCUAUUCACACCAGAUGAACCUUUACUGUGCCUUUUAGAGCCCCCCUGUUACUCCUACCACAGCUUUUCAGACAUCAGCCCCCCACCCCCGUAAAAAAAAAAAA